AUGCACGCCCGCCUUCGCUGGUGGCUUGCGGUGGCCGUUCUGGCGAGCGCUUGUCUGCUUGCCGCUGCUGUAAAUCCGGGCGAGUUCAAGUCAUGCAGCGACUCGAGCUUUUGCCGCCGCUUCCGCCGCCGCGCCGAGUACACGGAAUCGUUUGGGCGCUUUGUGUCGCCGUACUCGGCAGGUGCACCCACACUGGACGCGCAUGUCCUGCGCAUGCCCAUCCACUCGGCCCUACACGAAAGUGUUGCAUUUACGCUGUCACUCACGUUCCUGGCUGAUGGAAAUGCGCGCGUACAGAUGGACGAGGCAGGACCGACGUACGAGGGCCGCCAGCACUACAACGAGGCUGGCCAGUGGGGCAUAGCAACCACGCCUGAGCCUGCGACAGACGUGCGCAUGACCGCCAAGGACGGGCACGUGGCCGUGCACUGGGGCCAGCACGACCACAGCGUGCACAUUGAGCUGCAGCCGCUGCGCCUCUCGUUUGUGCGUGACGGCGUCGUGCAAGUCGUGCUGAAUGAGCGCGCUCUCCUUCACAUGGAGCACUACCGUGCCAAGCCGGAGAAGCUGCCAGAUGACACGGAUGAGGCGCGCCAGCUCGUGUUCCAGGAGCGCAAGGCGGCCCUGAAAAAGCGCCACAAGGCGCCCAGCGCCACCUUGGAGCAGUGGUCGCAGUUCGAGGUGCCGGACGCCGGCGAGUGGGAAGAGACGUGGUCUGGUACGACCGACUCGAAGCCGCGCGGCCCCGAGGGUAUCGCGCUCGAUAUCUCGUUCCCCGGCUACGGGACGCUGUACGGCCUUCCCGAGCAUGCGAGUCCCCUAUCGCUGCGCUCGACACGCGCGCCACCCAAGGGCGAAAAGGAGGAGCAGGGCCGCUUUACUGAGCCAUACCGCAUGAUGAACACAGACGUGUUUGAGUACGAGUACGACAACCCUCGCGCUUUGUAUGGCAAUGCCCCUGUGCUGCACGCAGUGAGCCAGAGCUCGGCAGUGAGUGUGCUAUGGCUCAACGCCGCCGAGACAUACGUCGACCUGCACAAGACGUCGCAGCGUCCCGGCCCCAACGUGCGUUCCGUGGGUACCUCGCGCGAGGACGCCGCGAGCCGCGCGGGCGGCUCCUCGGCGCAGUCGUCACACGCGUACUUUUACUCAGAGGCCGGCAUUUUGGACCUGUUCGUCUUCCUGCGCCCAUCGCUUGCACAGAACAUGCGCGACUACAUGCAACUCGUGGGCCGCACGGCUCUCCCGCAGUAUUUUGCACUUGGCUACCACCAAAGCCGCUGGAACUACUUGACGGACGACGAUGUCAAGGAGGUCAGCGAGCGCUUCGACGAGGCCGACAUGCCCGUGGACGUGCUGUGGCUCGAUAUUGAGUACAGCAAGGACCACAUGUACGGCGUGUGGGACCGCUCAGCGUUUGUGGAUCCGGAGGGUAUGCUCAGCGCCCUAGACGCGCGUGGUCGUAAGCUGGUGAUUAUUAUGGAUCCCCACCUAAAAACGACGGACGCAUACUACCUGUACAACGAGGCGAAAGAGCAGGACCUAUUUGUCAAGCGGCCUAAUGCCAAGGAAGAGUAUGUGGGCAAGUGCUGGAGUGGCGAUGCCAGCUGGAUCGACUUUUUCAAUCCCAAGACGUGGCCAUGGUGGAUCGAGCAGCACUCGCUUGCCACACGCAAGCUGUUCGCCAAUGCGCGCAACCUGUUCAUUUGGAACGACAUGAGUGAGCCAGCCAUCUUUGGCGGCCCUGAGGUCACUUCGCCCAAGGACCUGCUGCACUACCCUGGGUGGGAGAACCGCGCGAUCCACAACAUCAACGGCCUGAUUAUGCACAACCUGACCGCCACAGGCUUGACGCGCCGCGAGCUGGGCACCACGGACAAGCAUGGUCAGCGCGGUGUUGAGCGCCGGCCAUUUGUGCUAAGUCGCGCGUGGUGGCUAGGCACGCAGCGCUUCGGGGCCGUGUGGACAGGUGACAAUAUGGGUACCUGGGAGCACUUUGCUGGCAGUGUACCCAUGAUUCUCGCGAACGGCAUGGGCGGUAUGAGCUUCUGCGGCGCUGACAUUGGCGGCUUCUUUGGCAAUCCCGACUCUGAGCUGCUUUUGCGCUGGUACCAGGCGGGCAUAUUUGAGCCGUUCUUCCGCGCGCAUGCGCAUAUCGACACCAAGCGCCGCGAGCCGUACCUCUACGACGGCGAGCUGGGCGAUGCUCUGCGCCAGCUCCUGCAGCUGCGCUACCAGCUCUUGCCAGCAUGGUAUACGGCAUUCUGGCAGUCGAGCGUGAACGGGCAGCCCGUGCUAAAGCCGCAGGGCCUCGUAUUCCCUCACGACGAGCAGGGCUUUUCCAUCGAUGACCAGUACUUCUUGGGCGACACAGGCCUCCUCGUCAAGCCUCCGACGCACAAGGGUGCCACGAGCAUUGACGUGUACCUCUCUGACGACCAGGUAUACUACCACUUUUUCUCCCACGAGGCAUACCACGGACCGCAGCGCCGCAUCACCGUCCCCGCCCCCCUGUCGCACGAGGUCCCGCUCCUGCUGCGUGGCGGCUCGAUUUUGCCUAUGCGCAUGCGGCACCGCCGCGCAGCAGAGCUGCAGCGCCUUGAUCCGUUUACCCUAUACGUGGCUGUGAGCAAGGACCAGCGUGCAGAAGGGCAGCUGUACAUGGACGACGGCCAGACUUUUGCGUACCGCGAUGCGUCGGCGUUCAUUGCGCGCCGCUUUAUCCUGGCCCCGGAGGGCACCGCCCUGCGUCUGCGCGCGUCGGCUCUGCGGGAGCGUGACGUUCUCGUGUCGUCGUCGAGCGAUGCCGUGUACCAGCAGCCCGACAAUGCGUUUGAGCGCGAAAUGGCCAAGGUGCGGGUCGAGCGCCUCGUCUUGCUGGGCUGGCCCGCCGAGCCGAAGCGCGUAGUUGCGACGGACGCGCAGGGCCACACAGCCGAGCUCUCAUGGACGUACGAUGCGGCUACCGCAACCCUGGAGGUGCGUGAUCCGCGCUUGCCUGUGGCACAGGACUGGUCGGUGGUCUUUGAAGGUCCAUAG